ACAAUACAAAACUGAACCUAGAUAGCAGCGUAAAGUACGGCGCGCAUACAUUUUAUUAUAUAAUAUAAACUCCUUACUAAAAUAGAUAGGGAUGUCUUUGCCGCUAAAGAAGAGUCAAACUGAUGGAGAUGUUCUGAAAGAGAGAACGAUAUAUCUUCCGACCGUUUUAUAAUCAUUAUACACUAAAAUUUUGUUUAAAUCUUUACGAAGGUGAAUAAGAACGAGAUAUUUUAUGUAGACCUAGGCUGCCAUUUUCGAUUGACGCAAACAGGUGCGAGUGGUCGAAGUACUACACAUCAGUCAUCCAAAACCUUAAAAUUGACUUGUAACUAUUUAAAUGAAAGAAUAACUUUAGGAUGCUGGUAAGUUGAUAAAGUAGUAUCUUUGAAUGUAACUCAAUCUCGAAAAUGGCUACGCCGAAAUUACCCUUGAUUACACCGAAAAAGGCAGUUCCUGGCUUGCCAAAAAUUGUUCCUAAAGUUAUAGUUAACUCACCUCCAGAAAUUAAGCCGUUAGUCAAGGUUAUACCGCCCGUCCAGCGUUUAGUAUCUGGUACAAUACACAAUGCUAGUAGAACGGAUAGUUUUUCAAACCCUCCCAAAGAUAUAGAUUCUGGAAGUAGUAAGAUAGACGAGCAUACAGAUGGCAUGAAUAAUGAAGAUUCUGCAGCGAGUCCAGGUAGAACCCUGGCUCAUGCGAUGACCCUUUCAAUAAAUCACAGUGACCAAACGAAAUUAUCACGAAACAAUAGUUUAGAAUCCCAAUUUAGAUUACCAACAAAAGAAUUGUCUUCAAUGCAAGCGAAUGACACGGCAGAUAACAUGUUAUCCAACACUGUAUUGAAGAAGAUUCCGUCAAGAUCUGAUGCAAACAAUAGCCUGGAAAUGGGAUGUACUAAUUACACGGAAAAGGAAGAUAAUGAAAUAGGUUACACACCUUGGAUGAAGAUUGAAGAGAGAAUUAACCAAAUAAGGUCCCUAGCUCUGAAUGAAUUUAAAAAUAUCGCACAUAAUGACCACAAAGAACUUCCAAAAGAAGGAGGAUUGUACGACAACUAUAAUACACAUUACGAGGACAGAGAUACCUGGCAUAAAGAAGCGGAACAUCAGCUCAGCUAUACCAUGGUUCAAAAACUUAAGGAUAAGAAAGAACCUAAACCUGGUAAAUCUAAUUGGGAGUUUAUAAAUGGAUUUGUUAAACCGAGGCGCAAACCAUUCACAAGCAUGUCCGAAUUAUCAAAACAUUUCCAGAAGAAUGAUUCCAAGGAUCAGCACGAAUUGGUCAAAUUGUUGCUCGUUUGCAGGGACCUUGAAAAAACUAUUGAGGAGCAACGUACAGUGCUAGAUAUGUUAGAUCACGAUUUGAGAGAAGCAAGAGGCAUCCUACCGGAGACAUUAACUGAUGUGAAUAUGAGAGGUUUGGAAGGACGUAGUCCUGGUCCUAAACCAGACUAUCCUACAAGUGAUAUACCUUUAUUCAUAAAGGGGAGAGUAUUUCUUUUGCCCAAAGAUCAUAAGGAAUCCGGACUUUCUUAA